UGCCGGCUCCACCUCGUGGGCGCUCAGCCCCAGGCUCUUGCACACCGCCUCGAUCGCCGUCGACCCGCCAGUCUUGAAGCCGAUCUUGGGGCCCUCCAUCUUGGCUUGCAGACCCGCAGCGCCGCCGCCGCCGUCGCCAGUUCCCUCUGCUCGCCGCGGCCGUGGGCGGCCCUAUCUGCUGCCGCUCGGCUACUCUGCUCCGGCCUCCGGCCACCUCCCCUCUGCUCUAGCUCCCACCAUGUGCGCCCCUUAGCUGAAGCUGUUGUCCCUAGUGUGGAAGCAUCAAGGUGGAUGCAGAUGAAGGGAACUUCCAAUUCAGAUUCUAGGGAGAUCGAUCCAGCAAUGAAACUUGCAAUUCGUUUGCCACGAAGCUCGAUUCGCUGCCCAAUUUUUUUCUCAACAUCCAAAUUUCUCAUUGAGAACAAACGGAUCACGGGGACUGCAAUUUACCUAUUCCCGGAUGAACCGGUCGAUCUCGUCAUCAUGCUGCUUCACCUGCGCGGCAAGCUCGUCGGAGAUGGAGGCGAACAGGGAUUGCGACGACGAGUGGCACAAGACAUUCAUCAUCUGUUUGCUCGUCUCCUGCUUGACCUGCGCGGCAAGCUCAUCUCCUCCUGCUGUUGUUGCUGCUGCUCGUCGAAUGCUAGGCGGAGGCCAGUUGACACGAGCGCGAGCGCCGCUGGGGACGGGGACGACCAGACCAAGGCGGACAGGCGUGACCGCGGCGUGCGGCGGCGCAGCGGGGGACCCGCCUGCGACGAGCCGCGGCGGCAUUCCGGUGAUGGCGGCGCUAUUCGAGGGCGUGGGCCACGCGGCCACAGACGACGAGGUGUCGCGCGCGUGUGUGUCAAUCCGAUCUAUGGAUAAGGCACCGCCGGGAGCAAUGCAGGAGAGCGACCGCGGCGGCGCUGCAGGAGACCCGGGGGAGUGCGUCGCCGGAGCAGAGGAGAGUUUCGAAGAGCCAUUGAUGACAUGGAUCCCAGCUGGAAGGAUAAGGUGGCAUUCACGCAAAUAAAUGUGGUAAAACUGUAUUGUUUUUUUUCCUUCUGUUUUUCGUAUUGCCAAAUCUAAAAGUGUCAUCUGAUAAGAUACUAUCCGCGUUACUGUAUAAUGAUAAAAAAUUAAAUACGUCUGCGCACGGACACAACGAGACCAAAGCCGAGUUUGGUUUGUGCGCACAAACUUUGAUUAUUAAUUACUAUUAUUAAAUUAAGACAGUUUGCAAAAAUAAUUUCACAAUUUUUGUGCUAUUUUGCGAGAUGAAUUUAAUGAGACAUUUGAUCGUAUGAUUAGAGGUUAGUUACUGUAAUAUUACUGUAGCCAAUCAUCAAUUAAUUACUGUUAUUAGAUUCGUCGCAAAAAAUUACAUAAAUUUCUAUAAAAAUUUUAUAAAUAAAUUUUAUUUAGUACUUAAUGCAUUGAAUCGAAGAUUCUCUUGCGCUACCCGUGCUACUGGUAACCUAGCACUCUUGCCAGCUCACCGCCCGUACGACCGAGAUCCAAAGUUCCAAGACCCCGCGCCUCAUCCCCGAUCUCUCCCCGCGCGAACGGCGCGCCACGCGGUCGGCGAGACGGAGGGGAUGGCCGCCCCCGCCGACUCCGCCUCCCCGGAGUGCCCCGCCGCCCCCUCCAUGCCCACGGACCCGGACUUCCUCAGCUGCGUCCUCCAGCCCCCGGCCCCUUCCUCCUCCCGCCCCGACGCCGACUACACCGCCCUCCGCCGCCUGCUCCUCCGCCGCAAGCCGCCCUCCGCCCUCCAGCACCGCAUGGACUGGUGGUGCAACGGCAAGGGCUACGUCGCCUACCGCAACUUCCUCCUCCGGCGCAUCGACGGCGGCAGCGCCCACAGUACGCCCAGCAACAGUGGAAGGUGGGCUGCCUCUCCUGGCCCUGCACUCUCCGAGGCAGACAGCUGGAGUUCUCUCCGGGACUUGAGAACUAAUAACAGUGGUUUAAGCCGCACUGUAAGCAUCAGUUCAAAGCAGAGUGAUACUGAGCGCCAUGUUAGAUUCGCUGAGCCUGCAUACUCAUUUGUUGGAAUGCAUUGCAUUUUUGACAGCUGCAAAACCUCAGUUACGAUAUUGAAAUUUGGUCGCGCAAGUUCUGAUCUGCUUGCGUAUGGUGCGGCAGAUGGCAGUCUAACGGUUUGCCAAGUUUCUGAGCCACCAUCUGUUCUUCAAAAAUUGAUAGGGCACUCUAAAAAUAUCACAGAUUUUGAUUUUUCAUCUAAUAACCAGUACAUUGCUUCAUGCUCCCUGGAUAAAACUGUGCGAGUAUGGGAAAUCUCUAAAGGCACGUGCAUUAGGGUUGUAUAUGGAGUUACUUCCCAGCUAUGCAUCUGCUUUCAUCCUGUGAACAAUAACUUGCUUUUAGUUGGCAACUCAAACAAGGAAAUCAAUGCAAUAAAUUUUAGCACUGGGAGAGUAAUCAGCAAACUUAACUUUGAUGAUGCGGUUACAGCUUUGGAUAUUGAUCACACUGGGCAGCUUAUUUUCGCUGGUGAUGCCCAGGGUUACAUAUAUACUGUUAGUGUGAAUUCACAUACAGGGUCACUCUCUAGAACUCACAAGAACAAGAGCAGUAAGAGCAAAUCUCCUAUUACAACAAUCCAGUAUCGCACCUUUUCUCUGGUAGCACGUUGUCCAGUACUUCUUUCUUGUGCUCAAGAUGGAUACCUGUCUUUCUUCAGUAUUGCAACAGAUGCUAAAGGAUACUUGACUCUCAUAUCUUCUUUAAAACUGGCCUCACGGGUGCAGACUAUCCGUGCUUCCUUCUGUCCAUUUCUUUCCCUUGAGAAAGGAGAGUUCAUAGUUACUGGCAGCGAGGAUGCAAAUGUUUACUUCUAUGAUUUGGCACGCCCAAAGAACUCGUGUGUGAAUAAACUACAGGGACAUGGCUCUCCAGUAAUUGGAGUUGCCUGGAACCAUGGGGAAAAUUUGCUGGCCUCAUCUGAUUCAGAUGGUACAGUUAUUGUAUGGAAGCGGGCGAAAACUAAUUAGAGUUAAUUAGAGUGACUCCACAGCACGGAGGAUGCUUUUGUGCUGCAAGUGUUGAUUCAACUGCAUGAUUCAAACGAAGGCAUUUUUUUGUACAUUGUACGUUCAACCCAUUGUUUGUAACAUAAACACGCAAGGCUAGGGAAAAGAAGAUCAACCGGCCUUGGUUGUAUUUACAGAAGUAUAGAUCUCCCGGUAGAGUGUAAAGCUUUUGUCACGGUAUAUCCUGUAUCAUUUGAUUUAGGACUGUGCGUUUGUAUCACUAAUUAUUAAUGAUUUUACCCCCCCCCCC